AUGCUUCAACUUUCCACCAUCGUGUCUCUCCUUGCUGUGGCGGCUUCAGUUACCGCUACACUCGACCCAGCUUCCAGCAACAGCAAGGGAUAUUACCCGGCUUCUCCAGCAUGUUCUCCUGCCAAGACCUCCAAGGCCAUCCAGGCCGCAGAAUGCUCUCAUAAUACUAGAGUAUCCGGCAAGCAGACCUUUGCAGUCUUCAAAGUCGACCACCAGUACGACAAGAACAAUGGAGCACCCUAUGGAACGUGUCAAGCGUACACAUGCACCGCCCCUACGCAGGCAGAACUGACUGCCAACUCCGAUUACUGGGUUUUCUUCUGGAACGACAAUGGCGCCGAAUCUGGCGUUGGCACAGGUUGUAUUCGAUCACCUGACGAUGGAACGUGUGGAUGCGAAAACUCGGACGGAACCUUCAUCCCUGGAGGAACCAACUGUGUUUAA